AUGCCGUCGCCAGCCCAAAACAUCCCCCCACGGGCAACCGAUAUCGAGGGCCAGCUCUCUGGUACCUCCCCACUAGCUAGAACAGUUAGCGGCUCGCACUCCCUAGCAGGCUCAUACCGGAGAACCGGCUUCUUCACCAUGGGCGGUGCUCGAGGGACAGUCGUGCCACAUGCCCACGAAGCAGACAACUUGACGGAUGCAGAACGAGAACGGGCUCGAGAAGAGGAACGGACUCUGCUGGAAGACAAUGCUAUCUCAUGCACAGCAAGCAAGACAAAAAGAGGAUCGGGCCAGGGGCCAUCUACCGAACCAACCGAGACGACCUCGCUUCUAGGGAACGGUCAAGAUGCUUCUGCUAGUGGAGGAGAUGCUUCUGCUGAUGCUAUCAUUGACCAGAAGUGGGACGAUGCGGUGAUGGCCGGAUUGAUCAAGACGACAUGGUCCAGGGAGGCAAAAGUGUUGGUGCAAUACAGUGCUCCUCUGAUAUUCAGCUUCCUCCUCCAGUACUCCCUUACCAUUGCCAGUAUAUUUACCGUCGGCCACCUUGGCAAGGUUGAGCUGGCCGCCGUCAGCUUGGCCAGUAUGACGGCCAAUAUCAGUGGCUAUGCGGUCUAUCAAGGGCUUGCAACCAGCCUGGAUACCCUCUGUGCUCAGGCAUAUGGCUCUGGAAACAAGAAACUCGUCGGUCUCCAGACCCAGAGAAUGGUCUUUUUCCUGUGGACUAUGACCAUUCCGAUUGGCAUAUUCUGGUUCUUCGCCGGUCACGUCCUCAAGGCUAUUGUCCCUAACCAGGAGGUAGCCGAGCUUGCUGCUCUCUAUUUGAAAGUAGCCAUCCUCGGAGCUCCUGGAUAUGCACUUUUUGAAGCAGCUAAACGAUACGUGCAGGCUCAGGGUCUAUUCUCUGCCUCACUCUACGUUCUUCUAAUCGGUGCUCCAGCCAAUGCAUUUAUGAACUGGUUCUUGAAAUUGGAAAUGGGUUUUGUCGGUGCCCCUGUUGCGGUUAUCGUUUCGGAUAACCUUCUCCCAAUUCUUCUAUUUAUCUAUAUCUACUUCUUUGCUGGUAUGGAAUGCUGGAACGGGUUUACUUAUCGAGCAUUCCAAAAUUGGGGCCCUAUGAUCCGACUUGCCCUACCUGGCUUCCUCAUGAUGGAAGCAGAGAUUCUCGCAUUCGAGAUUCUCACUCUGGCAGCCGCCUACCUUGGUACCACUACUCUUGCAGCCCAGUCCGUCCUUGCAACCAUCGCUGGUAUCAUGUUCCAGAUUCCUUUCCCGCUAUCCAUUGCUGGAAGCACUCGGAUUGCAAAUUUCAUUGGUGCUUCCCUUCCUGAUGCCGCCCGUGUUGCUGCCAAGGUCAACAUGAGCGCUGCAAUCAUUGUGGGCAUCAUCAACGUCACCCUCCUCUCUACCCUCCGCUUCUAUAUUCCUGCCUUAUUUACCUCGGACGAGGAUGUGAUUGAGCUAAUCGCAGCAGUCCUCCCACUCUGUGCCUCCUUCCAACUCUUUGAUGCCUUUGCAACCAAUUGUAACGGUUUGCUCCGUGGCCUUGGAAGGCAGUCCAUCGGAGGAUACACCCAGCUCUUCUGCUACUAUGUUAUGCACUCCCUAUUGGUAUAG